AUGGUGAAAGAAGGCACUCAAGAACUGUGUUACACAUCAACGGUUCGUUCGACCCGAGUGGCCCUUGACUUUGUGUUCGCCCUGCAUAGGGACCUCUGCUGUCCCUGCAUAGAAGGAAUGGACGACUUUGGGGCGGCUACAGAUUGCCUUGAGAAGCUUUCUCUACUGAGCGCAGAGUCACUGGAACUAGCACAGAAGUUGCUAUUAAAGGAGUCAGACAUCGGCUCAGCUACUGCAGAUUUAGAAGGCUCGGAGAAGCUUGAUGAAUUCGUCAACCGAGCGCAGAUACCAGUAAAUCAUGGAAACCGCUUUCUCGAUCAUGUCUUAGCCCUGAGGGUUGCUGAGCUCAUCAAUGACUACCGAUCUAUGCUGAACCAUAUUAUGAUCCAUGUUACGGGCAUGCCGCUACGGGAUGUAAAUCGUUCAGUUCAUACGGUGUUUAUAGAGGGUUAUACAGUUGCCCAACGCUUAUUGUCGGCAAGUUUUGACCUAGACAUGACGUCGAAUUCCCGUGACUUCGAUUACACAGCACAGCUCAAACACAGGAUAAUACUAGAUGCAAGCGCCCGUCGCCACCAAGCACACAAGGUCUAUCUCAGCAUAGCGGCCGCUAAACGCUGGUUGCUCAACCGUAGCUACGUGCUAAGGCAUUCCGCGGCCAAGGAUCUUGAUAAACGGUUGCAAGACGUGGAUGUGUUAUUUUACGAAGAGAUCCACAAUGUUUCCGACCGUGUGGUAGCAUCCAACCUGCGUGCUGCCGACAUAAGGAGCGGAUACUGCUUUGACGAGGAUCCACCAUUAAACAUGAUCAUUAGCUGGAUACAGUCGCAUUAUUGA